AUGGCAACGCCUCAAGAAAGACACCCGGAGUUUUUCCAGCCUGUAGGCAGCGAGUCGCCGAGGGGGAAGAAACGAACGGUUCCGAUGGAAUGUUUAUGCCUGGGGUUCAGCCGGACCGGGACGGUUUCGAUGUGUAAUGCGAUGGAGACGCUCGGGCUGCGCUGCUGGCACUCGAUGCAGCUGAUGUCGACACGAUUCGGGGAGAUCGAGAUGUGGCAGGAAGGCGUGGACCGGAAGUUCUUUGGCGCGGGGGGACAGCCGUUUGGACGCGAGGAGUUCGACCAGCUCCUGCACGACGUGUCUGCGGUGUCGACGGACACGCCGGCGCUGGCGUUUGCCGACGAUCUGAUCGCCGCGUACCCGGAGGCCAAGGUUGUGCUGGUGGAGCGGGAGAUGGAGUCAUGGUACGCGAGCUGGAUGAACAGCGUGAUCAAGAACACGUUCAACCCGAUUGCGCCCCUGGCGCACCUGCUGGACCCGUUCUUCCUGUAUCCGUUGGGCAAGGUGCACAAGACGACGUUGCAGGGGUGGGCGGGGAUCUCGAGCGUGGAGGAGGCACGGGCGAAGAGCAGAACCAAGUAUCGAGAACAUUAUGCGAUGGUGCGUCGGAUGACCCCCCCGCACCGUCUGCUGGAGUUCAACCUGGCCGAAGACGGAUGGGAGCCGCUGUGUCGUUUUCUGGACAAACCUGUGCCCGACACGCCCUUCCCGCAUCUCAACCGGCUGCAGUGGCUCGAUGAGAAGGUGCAGUUGGGGCUCAAACGCAGCGCCAAGGGGUUGGCGAUGAGGGGGGUGCUAUAUUUGGGACCUUUCUUUGUCGCUUGUCUUGCGUAUUAUUUGAUAGCCAGAUAG